GGCGACGUCGCUCCUGCACGAGAGCUCACGCCCCGCCGGGGCUCCCGGUCGUUGCGGCCGCGGGCCCGGCGGGGCUGGCUCCCCUUCGUAGGUGCCCCGAGGCCGCAGCGACAGGCUACCACGGCCUCCGAACCCACGCGCCCCGCCGCCGGCUCCCAGCGUCACUAACGGUAUGCCGGGCUGCCCGGCGAGAGGGAACAUCCGGGAACUGGGGGCACUUCUGCAGGAGAGAGGUAUGGGCUGGAACCCCAUAUUUCACCGGCUACCAGCCGAAGGCGGAGACGUCCAACCCUCCCGGACCAGCACCCUUUCGCUACAGCCGGGUCUCAAGGCUGGCGGCCGACGUCACCAUCCUGCGACCGCCCAGGAACGCUUGAAACACUACCUGAUCGCGAACAGUGCGGCGCACCAUGUGACCUACCUACCCGGUCAGUUCUGGACCUGGAAAGCCGGCACCCCUCCAGUCAGUGGGCGAAAAAUACAUGAAUCUGGACAAGAUAGAAACCUCGGCCACUGUCCUGGGUGACUGUCCCACUCACCAGCAGAGUUCAGGCCGUGGGGAGGAGACAGGAAGUUCACUUCACGCAGAAUUUGAAGAAGAGAGAAAAGAUGUCAAUGAUGAUAGAGGAGAACCUGAAGCUGCUUUCGGAAAGAAGAAACAUGGAAAGUGGUGCAGUUCUGCUAGAAUCCAAAUCCUCACCGUUUAACCUUCUGCAUGAAAUGCACCAACUGCGUCUUCUUGGUCACCUGUGUGACGUGACUGUCAGUGUGGAGUACCAGGGAGUCCGUGAAGAAUUCAUGGCCCAUAAGGCAGUCCUGGCAGCCACUAGCAAGUUUUUCAAGGAGAUGUUCCUUAAUGAGGAGACUGUGGAUGGUACGAGGACUAACGUCUACUUGAAUGAAGUGCAAGUUGUUGACUUUGCUUCAUUUCUCGAGUUUGUGUAUACCGCAAAGGUCCAGGUGGAAGAAGACCGGGUGCAGCGAAUGCUGGAAAUGGCUGAAAAACUAAAAUGUUUGGACUUAUCGGAAACGUGUUUUCAGUUAAAGAAACAGAUGUUGGAGUCAGUACUUUUGGAGUUGCAGAAUUUCUCUGAGUCUCAGGAGGCAGAAGGGAGCAGUAGCUCCCAAGUCACCAUUGCUCCUAUUGCCAGAGCAGGUGCUGUGGACAGGCCUCUCGCCAAUGGCCUUGCAGACUCCUCAGAUCCCCUGAUGGGGAGAAUCAGCAAUGGCAUAUUGCCAGAUACGCCCCCCAGGAAGUCCAAGGAGAAACCAGACAAGAAAAAAGAUGUAGUCAAGCCACCCUACCCUAAAAUCAGAAGAGCUAGUGGAAGGCUGGCUGGAAGAAAGGUAUUUGUGGAGAUCCCUAAGAAGAAAUACACAAGAAGACUCCGAGAACAGCAGAAAAGUGCCGAGGAUGAUGUGGUGGACCACUGGGGUCCCCAGGAGCCCAGCCUGGAGCCUGCAGGCACAGAGAUGGAGCCAAUCACAAAAAGUGAGGAUGGCAGCACUAGGACAGAGCUGGAGGAGGUUCUGCAGAAAGCAGUGCCUGGGGAGGAUGAGGAGGCAGAGGAGAGGAAGAGCAACUUCAAGUGCACUGUCUGUGAGAAAGCCUUUCUGUAUGAGAAGAGCUUCCUAAAGCACAUCAGGCACCACCACGGGGUGGUCACUGAGGUGGUUCACCGCUGCGACACCUGUGGCCAGACCUUCGCCAACCGCUGCAACCUUAAGAGCCACCAGCGCCACGUGCAUAGCAGCGAGCGCCACUUCCCAUGUGAACUGUGUGGGAAGAAGUUCAAGAGGAAAAAGGAUGUGAAGCGGCACGUGGUGCAGGUCCACGAAGGGGGCAGCGAGCGGCACCAAUGCCAGCAGUGCGGCAAGGGCCUGAGCUCCAAGACAGCGUUGCGCCUGCACGAGCGCACACACACGGGUCACCGGCCCUACAGCUGCACUGAGUGCCAGGCCCGCUUCUCACAGCCCUCAGCUCUGAAGACCCACAUGAGAAUUCAUACAGGGGAAAAACCUUUUGUCUGUGAUGAAUGUGGUGCAAGAUUCACUCAGAACCACAUGCUGAUUUAUCAUAAAAGGUGUCACACAGGUGAAAGACCUUUUAUGUGUGAAACAUGUGGCAAGAGUUUUGCUUCUAAGGAGUAUCUAAAACACCACAAUAGAAUCCAUACUGGAUCCAAACCUUUUAAAUGUGAAAUUUGUUUCAGGACUUUUGCCCAGCGGAAUUCACUUUAUCAGCAUAUUAAAGUCCAUACAGGGGAGCGUCCCUACUGUUGUGACCAGUGUGGUAAGCAGUUCACCCAGCUCAACGCGCUCCAGCGCCACCAUCGGAUCCACACAGGAGAGAAGCCAUUCAUGUGCAACGCGUGCGGACGAACGUUCACGGACAAAUCCACUCUGCGGCGGCACACCUCAAUACAUGAUAAGAAUACUCCAUGGAAGUCUUUCCUUGUUAUUGUAGAUGGCUCACCCAAGAAUGAUGAAGGGCACAAGACUGAACAGCCUGAUGAAGAAUAUGCAUCAUCUAAACUUUCAGAUAAAUUGCUGUCUUUUGCAGAAAGUGGCCAUUUUCACAGCCUGGCCACAGUCCAAGGCAGAAUACCUGCCAUGCACGAGAACAGUUCUGCAGACACAGUCCGUAAGUCAGAUGCCUCUGUGGUGUCCCAGGACACACUGCUGGCCACUGCUAUCAGCGAGCUGAGUGAGCUGACCCCACAGGCUGACUCCAUGUCCCCGCAGCUUCAGUCCUUAACCAACACGGAGUAAGAGCUUGAAGUUACCUGCCAAGCAAGUCCCUCUGUUUUCAUGUGUGACAGCUGUGUGAGAAUGUUAGGGGCUAAGAGGAAGUUGUCUCUGGGCAACAAAGUGGGCAAGAAUGGCUUCUGAGGAUUUUCCUCAAUUUCUGCUAACUUGCACAUUUCUUUCAAAGCAUUUUUAAAGCCUUUCCUCAAAAAUCCUGAUCUGCAUGGUCUCGGCUACAUUUUACCAAU